AUGAAAGACACAUAACCAAAUUUAUGGUGGUUGAUAUUUAUCGAAAAAUUUAAUAAAUUUGGGGUUGUUUGGACGCUAUCUUUCCAAAUAUGUGAUUAAUUCAGUAUUUCGAUGGCGACUUCGGAAAAUGAGGGUAGCUUAAAUCAGUACACCGUCGAGGAAAUCAACUACAAUGAAAUUCAGAAACUUGAGGCAGUCGGUGAGGGGAGUUUUGGCGUAGUUUAUAAGGGAAUCUGGCGCGAUGCGUACGUAGCGGUUAAAAACAUUGUCUCUGAGAAUGACAAAGACGCUUUUAUUGUGGAAGUCCGACAAUUAUCAAGAGUCAAACAUGAGAAUAUUGUCAAGUUGUAUGGGGCUUGUACCAAAGCCCCCAAUAUCUGCCUUGUAAUGGAAUAUGCCGAAGGGGGUUCUCUCUUUAAUAUUUUACACCAUGCACCUAAUGUACAUUACACAAUGGCUAAUGCCAUGGCCUGGCUUUACCAAUGUGCUAAAGGAGUUGAAUACUUACAUGGCAUGAAACCCAAACCUUUAAUCCAUCGAGACCUCAAACCCCCCAAUUUACUUCUAAUUAACGGGGGCACCUUAUUAAAAAUUUGUGAUUUUGGUACUGCUACUGAUAUGACAGCUAUCAUGACCAACAAUAAAGGGUCAGCUGCAUGGAUGGCCCCUGAGGUGUUUGAGACAUCAAAUUAUACUGAAAAGUGUGACGUAUUUAGUUGGGGCAUAAUACUCUGGGAAGUUUUAUCAAGACUUAAACCAUUCUUCCAUAUUAAAGAGUCAGGUUAUCCUUCAGCUUUUAUGAUCUUGUGGGCAAAACACAACGGAGCGAGGCCCCCUCUAAUCAGGAAUUGUCCCCCAAUAAUUGAAAAGUUGAUGACACAGUGCUGGGAUCAGGAGGCGGCCAAAAGACCGAGCAUGCAAGAGAUUGUGAAAAAAAUGGAAGUCAUUUGUUCCUUGCUUCCGGGUGCCGAGGAGCCAUUGCAAAUCAUCGACGGAGAUGACGUUGUUUAUGAGGAAAUUGAAGAAUAUGAGGAUUGUGUGGAAGAAGUAGACCAGUUUCCUGUUAGUACCAACGGCGACAACUGUGUGAAGUCGUUGCCCCAACCUAGUGCCGAAAUGUGUCAACCCCUCAGUUUAAAAAUAAGCCCUGAUGCGUGGGAUUUAAAGGAUGUCGACAUGCAGCUAAGAACCAUGCCCGGGUUUGAUAAGAUGGUACCAAAAAACGGUUCCAAAAACACAACGGUAGAAGCAGGCAUAGAAAGCACCAAGUCGACACCUGACGGCACCGAUCCCGAUUUAGAUAAAAUGUACCUUUUAUUAGAACCACAUUUACGACCUGCCACUCCAGAUGCCGACAAUCCGCAAUCAAUGGCGCUAUUUGAAGAACACAAGCAAUUGGCUCAGGAGUAUUUCAAGGUCCAAACUGAGCUCGCGUAUGUUUCGCAAAAGAAAAAUAAGCUAUUAGCGGCGCAAUCUCAAGAACAACAACAACACACCAAACUUCUCAAAGACUUGCAAGCGGAGAAAGAGUCCUUAGUCCUAGUGAGAGAGUUGCUAAGUCGGCAAAGAGAAAACAAUAACGCGGCGAGAAAUAACAUUGAUAACUGGGUUUUGGUACCCAGAGAUGGUACUAACACGGACUGACUUAUUUAUUACCUCGACUUUCAUUUUCCUCACCCUUCAUUGUUUAUUUAUCAGAGUGUUUUUAUAGGAUUAAGCUCAAUUUUUAUAUGUGUAUAUGUAAAUAAAGUUGGUUAUUUAUAA